CUCACGUUCAGGUUGUUCUUCUCGUCGUCGACCACAGACGACGGUCUCAACCGCAAGCUCAUCGGAAUCGUCAGGAUGACGAAGAAGGUCGUAAGCAUCGCAGCUGGCGAAGCCCAUACGCUCGCUCUCACUGGAGACGGUAGUGUAUUUUCAUGGGGAAGAGGCACUUUUGGACGAUUAGGUACAGGGAAAGAGACGGACGAGCUUUCCCCUGUCCGAGUAUCCUUCAGGGGAGGAAGUGGAGGAAGAGGGGAACCUAAGUUUGUUGGAGUCGCCGCUGGGGCAUAUCAUAUGGCAGAUGACGGUUCAGUUUGGUCAUGGGGUUAUAACAUCUAUGGCCAGCUCGGCCAUGGUGAAGAGAAUUCUUCAGUGCCAAAAAUCAUAGAGCAGUUCAAAGAGUUGGGUGCGCCAAACUCCCUGUCAAGGGAUCAAAAUGCAAACCGCCAAACUACUCCUUUGAAGGUUUCUUCUAUCAAAGCUGGAGGAAUGAUGUCGCUUGCCAUUGAUAACCUUGGGGCUUUGUGGAUAUGGGGCAACAGCCCUCAGCCUAGCAGCACUGAAGAAGAGAUUUUCAGCCUAGUGAGCAGCUCUUCUCCUUUACCCGUUUGGGACUUUCAUGGCCAUACCGUCGUCAAAGUGGCCUGUGGAAAUGAGCAUGUGGUGGCCGCCGUUAGUGCCGGCGAGAACUUUAGUGGCACUGAUCUCGUGUGCUAUGCGUGGGGCAACAACAACCAUGGGCAACUUGGUUUAGGUGACAAGGAAGGCAGGGCUCGCCCACAAGCCAUCUCAACAUUUGGUGAGGAUUCCCCUUGGGCUAUCUAUGAGAUUUCUUGUGGAGCCUUCCACACUGCCAUUCUCACACAUAAGAAGUCAUACGACCAGGAGAUUGAAUCUAGGUGCUGGACCUUUGGCCUAGGCGAGAAUGGGCAGCUUGGCCACGGGACUGCAAUGAGCACAUCAUUACCUGAACCUGUUGAUGGAUUGCCUAUGGAAACCAUUUUGAUUUCUCUCGAUUGUGGACUGUUCCACACAUCGGUCCUCUCUGCAAGCGGAGAAGUCUGGUCCUGGGGAAUGGAGAAGGGUCUUGGCUUGUGCCCUGAUGCUAGCUUGGCAGGAGACAAUGCUGGUGAUGCUCUCUUCCCCAUAAGGCAUCGUUGCAGUGAGACACCUGGAGGUCUAUUUCCUGUUCCAGUGCAACUGGCAUGUGGGGCUGCGCAUACUGUUCUAGUUGCAGGCGAUGGAGAAAAGCUCUGGGCUUGGGGAAGGGGACGAAGUGGCGUGCUUGGGAGAGGUCAAACUGCCGAUAGCUUUGUCCCAGUUCCUUUGAUGUGGCCAUCACUCGAAGCAGGCUUGAAGAGGAACUAUGAAAGCAAGGCUAGUUUUCAUCGAAGCGGGAGUAGUAGUUCGGAGACAUCGGCAAUGGAGGAAUUGAGUGUUCUUCGCGAGAAGCUGACGCUAAUGGAGCGGUAUGCGACAGUGCUCCAUGUCUCGAUCUUUAGGAAAUCUCUUGAUCAGAGGAACUUGCCGAAGUCACUGUAUGAUUCUGAAGUGUUUGAUAUCAAAAGAGAGUUAGAAAAUGUGAUGGAGGCUGCCGACACAGACGAGCUUGCCAGGCUGAAGAUGUUCUAUGAGGGCAUGCUUUCUGCGGUGAAGGAUCGGUUGAUGAAGAGAAGGAUACAGGAGGUUGUCAAGGAGUAUAUUCGUUCUCUUUCGUUGGGGAGGCAACCAUGAUCAGUUUAUGUGUGUAAGGUGGUUAUACGUGUGAUGUCUGUAUGCGGGAAUAAGCGCUUAAUGGUUUUAUAGAAUUGAAGUGCGAGGUUUGAUUGCUUGAUGGAUUGGUUUUGAAUUAGUAUAUGUAUGAUUUUUGUUUAAAAAACUAAUAUUUCAAUAAUGGUGUGUAGAAUUUUUAUUA